CGCGCGGAGCCGUCCUCGGGCGCGUCCGGCGGACCGAGGGAGGCGGGCGGCGUUUCCGCGGGGCGGUGGUCCCUACGUAGGGUCUCCGAACGCUCCUGGACUGAGGGGCUCCGGCCCGGCGGCGGCGGUUACAGACCCCAGGGGACCGAGGACGGGGCCGCGCCCUGAGCAGAAAGAGAAUGAAAGAAGUAGAUAACCUUGACAGUAUAAAAGAAGAAUGGGUUUGUGAAACAGGACCUCCUAACAAUCAACCCCUCGAUGGUAAUCAACAAAGGGACUGUGAAUAUUUUGUUGACAGCCUUUUUGAAGAAGCAGAGAAGGUUGGUGCCAAGUGCUUGUCCCCCACUGAACAGAAGAAACAGGUAGAUGUAAAUAUAAAAUUGUGGAAAAAUGGAUUCACAGUCAAUGAUGACUUUAGAAGUUACUCUGAUGGUGCAAGUCAGCAGUUUCUGAACUCCAUCAAAAAGGGGGAAUUACCUUCAGAAUUACGGGGAAUUUUUGAUAAAGAAGAAGUGGAUGUUAAAGUUGAAGAUAAAAAAAAUGAAGUAUGUAUGUCUACUAAGCCUGUGUUCCAGCCCUUUUCAGGACAGGGUCACAGACUAGGAAGUGCUACACCAAAAAUCGUUUCUAAAGCAAAGAGUAUCGAAGUUGAAAAGAAAAGUACUUUGUCUGCUGUGUCACUGAACAACUUGGAGCCCAUCACCAGGAUCCAGAUCUGGUUGGCCAAUGGGGAAAGGACUGUCCAAAGAUUUAACAUUUCUCAUAGGGUGAGCCACAUCAAAGACUUCAUUGAAAAAUACCAAGGAUCUCAGAGAAGCCCCCCCUUUGCCCUGGCAACGGCUCUUCCUUUUCUCAGAUUUCUGGAUGAGACGCUCACAUUGGAAGAAGCAGAUUUGCAGAAUGCUGUUAUCAUUCAGAGACUACAGAUAACUUCUGAACCUUUUAGAAAACUCUGACAGUUUGUUUGAGAGACUGAGAGAAAUGACGGUUGGAAGUAGACAUGCAGAUGUGGGAGACAGACGUCAGUUUGAGCUUGGAGUUUGAGUGCUACUUAAUUCCUUAUGAGGGGGUUUAAAUAAUCACAAGUUCAAGUUAGGAGAGUAAUGUAUGCCUGGAAAACACAGUUAAUGCACUUUUCCCAAAGGCCACUCAGAAAAGAAUAUGCAUCUUCAAAUACUAGUUAAACAAUAUGAUAUAUUAAAUAGCUAUGUCAUUAAUCUUAAUGUGGUCUAAAUUAAGAGUAUUCACAGCAUUAGUAUUGAAACAUUUCCAGACAGCAGAUAAUUAAUAUAAAUGUUAGCUAUCUCAGUUUUUAAAUAGCAACAUAUUAAAAUAUUGUACAUGACAUGUUAAAAGCAUCGAUGUAAUUAUUAUAGUGCCUAACCAUCACGGCUUCUCAGUUUUCACUCUCUGAUGGCAAGAGAUAUUCAAAUAUUAAUUUGGCAUCAGUAUCUAAGAUGUAUAAUAUUUUUAGGAAUGAAAUUGUGUAGCUUAGUACAAUAUUAGUAUUAGGUGCCUACAUUUUUCUAUACCUUCUGUAUGUAAUUUUAAGGGCUGGGGAUGUAGUUCAAUGGUAGAAUAUUUGUCAAGCAUAUAUGAGACCUUAGGUUCAAUUAGACCCCAGCAAAAACAAACAAAACAACAACAAAACACCAAAACCAAAAAAAACUUUUUUUAAAGGAAUGCAUAUAUAUUUAAUAUAUAUAAAAUUAAGGAAAAGUUGGUAUCAAAUUCAAUAAAAAUAUCUAUACAAUUCAUACAGUGGGCUGAAGGCGGGGGAGAGGUUGUAAACCCAGAGACAAACAAAAAGUAACUAUUAGAGCAAUCCCUUCAAGGGAGGCUUUGCUUCUCAGCUGGUCCAGGCCCAGACAGAGCUCGCAGAGUGAGGGGGCAGUAGUCCAAAGGGCAGAACCCUAGAAGGAGUCCUCGAGGAUGUUUCGGAUAGAUUUUGGGCUGAACAACUUGUCUGCCAUGGUGUGAGCAGAGUGUAGCUGUCUAGCCAGCUCCUCUCAGCAGCUAUAUUCCUCCAGAAGGCUCGGGCGGUGUGUCCCUGUUCUUGUCAGUGUAGGUCACCAUUGCCAUCAGGGGGCACAGGAUAAGUCUGUGUGGUCCUGGAAGAAAUUAAUCUGUACAGUGCCCUGGCAGGAUGAAGGUGCUGCAUGUGUGAAGCCAUGUUUACAGGUAGGGUGGCCUGGCCAGCUCAUCACCUUCCCGGGGUGUGAUGUGGGCCCCGCCUUCAGCAGGCCUUCACCUGUGUAAUAUGGAAUUGCUCGAGGAGAGUGAUCCUCAUCAUCAGGGAGUUAGGGCGGGAGCUCACGUAGGCUGUCAUUGAAGAGGAUGAGGUGUGUUGAGUCAUUAAAGAGGACCCCCAUACUGCGGUGUAAAAGCACACACAAACAAUUCCCCAAGAACCACAGUUCAUUCUCUUCCUACUUUCUCCCCCAAAACUAGUUUAUUUUUAGCUAACAUUUGUAAUUAGCCAUCUAUUUGACACUCAACUAGAAUCUAUUUUGUCAUAGUAUAAAUUUGUGAACAUUUCUUAAAUUCACAUAAGGUACACAUUUUCUACUUCAUAUCACAGUAAACCUGUGUAGGCAUUAAAGGAGAACAUGCUUAGUAUCUUAGGCUUUUAACUAAAACCAAUUAUAUUUUGAUUUUCAGAUUAAAUCCCAUGUUUAGAAAUAAAUAAACUAUUUUGCAAAUGAUCUGUUGAAUUAAACUUUAAGUAAUUAAAAUAUAAAUAAAAAUCAGUAAAAACAAGAGAGGUAUACAUUGUAGCAAAGAUUAAGUGGCCCAUACCAGCAGUGGUAUCCCUAGGUGCUGGGUAUAGUCUAUAAACCUUUUAUGUGAGUUAUAUGUAUAUAAUUAUUAAAAACUCAAAGUUUGACCAGGUGGUGGUAGUGAACACUUUUAAUUUCAGUACUUAGGAGGCAGCUGCAGGCAGAUCUCUGAGUUCAAGGCCAGCCUGGUCUACAGAGUGAGUUCCAGGACAGCCAGGACCAUAUAGAGGAACCCUGUCUAGGGGGAAAAGAAUCCUCAAAGUUUUCAAGUGUUUACUCACUUAAAAAUAAUAACUUGGAAGCUGCCCACAGUUGUGCAUGCCCUAGCUCUCACUCACGCCCCCACAUCUCCUGAGAGAGGAGGGUCAUGUGAGCCUGAGCAGCACAGCAAAGUCCUGUCUCUUAACAAUAACAACUUUCACACCCAGUUAAGAGCACUGGCUGCUUUUGCUGAGGAUCUGGGUUCGAUUCCCAACACCCACAUGGCGACUCGAAACCACUCUAGCUCCUGUUUCAAGGCAUCCAGCUCCCUCUUCUGACCUCUGGGCACUGUGCUCAAGUGAUACAAGAAAAAAAAAACAUAUACACCUUAAUUUUUUAAAAAAUUAAAUUAUUUCCAAAGCAUGAAAAGACUUAUUGAGAAAGGUGGCAUUGUAUAUUUUUCCAAAAGUUUGUCUAACAGUGAAGAUGAAUGAUUCUCACCUGUUUUUCCAUUCUCUGUGUUGUAGGAUCACUUACCUUACAGCCUCUAGAAGACAGCUCUUUUCAUCUGUGAGAAUAAGAAAGAAGCAUAUAACACUGUAUGAUUAGCAAAGACAUUCUGACAAAGGAUUAUUUGCAGUCAUUUCCAAAGGGCCAAUACCUGGCCAAACAUGGUAGCCCACAUCUGUGAUCAUAGCACUUAGGAGACUGAGGCAGGAGGAUUACCAUGAGGUCAAGGCCAGCUUGGGCUACAAAAUAAGACUGUCCUUAAAACAACAAAGUCUGUUCCUGCCACCUCCCACGAACAUGGUUCGCUGUGUUGGAGAUGGUGCCAGCUCCAGGUGGAGCCUUGAGUGGUUUGUAGGGAUUUAGUGUGAUGCUGCAGGAAUCAGUGCUAGGCCUGAGUCCUGUGAAAAUCCACCCUGUAUACUUCACCACAGACUGCGACCGACUCCACUGACAAGCAGUUUGUAGACCUCACUUAGCUGUAUCCUCUUCCCAAGUUUACUCAGGCUGCCCCCUUAGAGCUGAAGCACUCAUGACGUAGCCUGUGCCUUGCCUCCCAUCACAGACGAGGUGGGGCUGGGAAAGAGUAAAUGAGGUUUGAACUCAGGAAUUACAAGGCAGAACCUAUGUACGUAACUGGACGUCCUAGCUCAGCCCUUUCUUUUGCAGUCUUAUUUAAAGACGCUGUCCUCCCUAGUUCCCAGCCUUCCACAUGCCACACCUUCACCUUCUGGGUGGGUAGUGUAGACUAGAGGAUGAAGGGGAGAGCAUUUUCAUUUUGUCCUUUACCUAGGAAUUCAGCAGGUACGUAAUAGAAAGUUAAAUAUUUAUUGUCGAUAACGUUUACAUGGCACCCUCUUUAGUAAAACAAAUAAUUAUGUUCUUAACAAAAAAGAGGGUAGUAAAAUCGAUGAUUUUGACUUUUGGAUACAGGCAAAAACUUUGGAUUGUUGAUAUGUCAAGAAUCUAAGGAAAUGUUUCCUGUAGGCCCAUCAUGAAACCUUUCUAUCUGCAUCAUUGUAAAUGAUAAGCAGUUCUUUAUAUUUUUAUGAAAGGCCUCUCACAAGAAUGUUUCUCCUGUCUCUACAAAAAAAGAAAGACAGACAGAAAAGCCUCCUUUGUGGAUUUUCCAGUUUGUCAUUAACUGGAAGCCACAGGGCUUUCUUGUGUAUCCUAUGGAGUACAUGCCGGGGAGACAUUCCAAUGGGAAGGACAGUCAUCAGCAAUAACUGUGUUUCUUUAAACUGUGAAAAUGUUAGUGUGGAUGGUGUUCUUAAAGCUAAUCAUCUGAUAAAGCUUUUUACUUGACAAUCCAAUGUUAGUGUGGAUGGUGUUCUUAAAGCUAAUCAUCUGAUAAAGCUUUUUACUUGACAAUCCAAAGCUGUGAAAUUGCUAGACUCCUUACUACAGGCUGACUUUGGAAGAAUAAGUUGGAAGGGAAGCAAAACUUGAAAUAAAUGGCCAUCUUAGGAGUGGGAUGCAAUUUGACCAAAUUCAUUGCUUCAGAUCUGUCACCAGUUAUCUUGCAGAUAAGAUGGACAUACAGGAGUACCUAUCUGAUUUAUGCGUCCUAAUCUGCCAGCUAGAUUACUAUGCACUCUCAAAGCUAAAGUAAUCUUACCUUACCGUGACUUAUUCUGUACACCUCAUGAUGUUUGCAUACAUUGACAAUGCAGUAUGUGUGUAUUUAUUUUAGUGCCUUAAUAUGUUUUUGAUGUUGUAUUUUGCUAAUGGUUAAAUGAAAUGCUGUUCGCUGAAAGGAUCUGUUAGUUUACACUUGUUAUAGUACAUGUGAAUGCUUUUGUCAUUUUUAUCUGACUAAGUCAUUCAGUUUGAGAAUCAAUAUUAUUUAUUAGAUGCCCUUUCUUUAACCAAUGUUAUUUUCAGUUUAUGCUCAAAAAUGUGAAAAAGUGAUAUUUUAGUACCAGUACAAUGGUUGCAUUUGUUCUUCUUA